UUGCACAGAAGUUAGGCCUAAGCCUAAUGAACAAUAGCCUGUUCUUUUAGAAAAUAGCUGGCUAGGCCUAUACAGUGUGAACUUUUAUGGCAAGGAAAUCAUUUCUUCAAAAAGCAAAAACGGCGAUGUGUGAAGAAGCCCAGAUAAAAUUUUAUUCAUAAUUAAAUUAAAUGUCUAGUUCAGUGCAAGCUUGUAGUGAGAUUUAAUGAGCAAUGAGAUGUAAAAUUAGAGUUAUGGUUAUAACACUUGGAGAAAUUGCUUUUUUCGCUUUUUUUCUUUUCAUUUUGUUAUGUUUGUUUCUGUCUACAAAGUAAUGUAUCCAUUAGAUAAAUGUCACGAAACUAUAGGCUAGAGUCAUAGUUAGCCACUAAAAUGUUGAAUAUUGAUCUUGUUCUGGUUUCUCAUUCUAAUAAUUUUACAUUCGGACUCCAACUGAAAUUCCACAUAUUAAACGUUUUCAAUAACUGGAGGCUGCGCACAUGAGUGAAAUCUUCCAUCUAAAGGGAAAAACUACUUAGGACCAAUUCAGAGAGCGGAGGAAAAUCCUUAUCGGAUUAAAGGGAAAAUUGGUGGCAAUUAAUCCUUUGUGAUUGAAAAAGGGAAACGCCUCCUCAUGGAAGACAUAUCUGACGUUGGAUCUGAUUGGGCAGUGAGAUGAUCUUCUGGAUUGGACAGAAGGAUAAAUGGUCCCGCCAGAGCGCUUAACCGUCCCACCAGCCUGACCUCCGCAGAGAGAAAGUGAAUUAAACAAACUGCCACCAUGACGGGAAGAGAAGAGACUAUAGAUGAAAAACCUAAGGUUAAACUGUAUCCCUCAUUCGGAAUCGACAAAUCACGCCUCAAUGGAUCUGGAUUCAGGUCCAAAGGUUUCGCAAUCACAGACCUGCUCGGUCUGGAGUCGGAACUUCAGCCGCAUCAGUCCGGUCCUGGCGCAGGGGCCAAUGGAGAGGGGCAGAGCGCGGCGGUAGGAGGAUUUGCCUUCCCGGGUGGCUCUUUGCCGCUCGGCUUGGGUUUUCUCUGUAGUUUGGCAGCACAACAACCUCCCGGAACCCCGUGUUUUCUUCCGAGCCACAUCCCGCUCCUGCAGUCACGGACAGAGAGCCACUUCAUGCAGAAUAUGGAACAGCAACGGGACGCCUAUUCCGAUGAUGAUUGUCUUUCCGGGGAUCACAAUGAUGGAAAAAACUCAGGGAACUCUCAAAAGAGGAAGAAGCGUAGGCACAGGACAGUUUUCACCUCGCAUCAGCUUGAGGAGCUGGAGAAAGCCUUCCAUGAAGCGCACUAUCCAGAUGUUUAUGCAAGAGAAAUGCUGGCCAUGAAAACAGAGCUACCAGAGGACAGGAUACAGGUAUGGUUUCAAAACCGCCGUGCUAAGUGGAGGAAAAGGGAGAAGUGCUGGGGCCGCAGCAGUGUCAUGGCAGAAUAUGGGCUGUAUGGUGCCAUGGUCCGUCACUCGAUUCCACUUCCAGAAUCCAUUAUCAACUCGGCCAAGAAUGGAAUGAUGGGCUCAUGCGCUCCCUGGCUUCUAGGUGAGCCAGCAGGAAUGCACAAAAAGUCUCUGGAAAUAGCGAAGAAAGCUCCCGGCACACCUGAAUCGAUUCACUCAGAUUCAUAUUCAGAGGAACACAAGGGGAAAGACAGCGACAUGACAUGGUCAAGUGGAGCCAAUGGAGCAGAUGACUCUGAGGACAUGGCAAUAGACUUGUCCAGCACUUCGAAACAAGAGAGUAAAAGCACUUUGAAAAGAUCACCACCUCGAACAGAAGACAGCAGUGAUUCUGAAAAUGAGAGUUAAACAUGCAAACAAAUAUGGACAAUUUUGAAGAGCACAUACAAGGACUAUCAGUUUACAAUGUCUCACCUUUUCACAAUGGCUUUGUUUGUCAGCAUUCCUGUGUUAUGUUUUUUUUGUUUGUUUAUCAAAUAUUUGAAUACUAGAGACUGUUUUAUUCUGAAUUAUUUUAUCUUUGAUGUGUAAAAAUGAUUAAUGUAAAAAGAGUUAAAUUACAUGUUUUAUGUUAUGUCCAUGGGCAUUAUUCAUAAAUCUUAAAUGUUUCUUUCUUGUUCAGUCAAAAAAAUCAGUCGCUUCAGGGUGACCACUUGUUCAGCACCACUAUUGUGAAUGUCAUAAUAUUUCCCUGUUAUGGCAUGUGUCUUGGGGGCCAGAAAGUUCCUAGAAAGGAUUCUAAAGCACUUUACCUGCUGUGAUGAUGAAUGUUUUGCAUUGAUCAAUGUCAUCAACAGAGCAAUAUAAUACCAGCAAAAACAAAUCCAGAUCAUGACAAAAAAAAAAUUAAACAUUUUAUGCUUUUGA